AUUUUGUCCUUGGAAAUGCUCAAGUUCCUAAUACUUAUCCUAUCGUAUACUGUUCUGAUGGAUUCUGCGAGCUUACCGGUUUCUCUCGAGCGGAGGUUAUGCAGAAGAGCUGUGCCUGCAAAUUCCUCUUCGGGAAAGACACUACACAGGAAAAGAUUGAUGAGAUUCAAAAUGUCCUGGAGAAUAAAGUGGAGUACAAGACGGAGGCCAUCUUCCAGAAGAAAGACGCGUCGCCAUUUUGGUGCCUUUUGGACAUCGUUCCAAUCAAGAAUGAGAAAGCCGAAGUUGUUUUAUUUCUUGCAUCACACAAAGACAUCACGAAGUCAAAAACAAUGAAUUCCGUUAACGGGCACACAGGUGAUGAAGAAGAAGAUGACGAUGAGAAUGAUUCCGAUGGAUAUGAAACGAAUGAUAACUACCUCAGUGAUCUCCCUACAAACUACAACUAUGCCAGAAGACGGAGUAGGGCAGUCUUGUAUCACUUAUCGGGUCAUCUUAAGGACCAAGAGAAGAAGAAAAGGAGGAAACUCAAACUUAACAGCCAGAGCCUAUUAGCCGGGCCAAAGAGAGCAGUUCUUCCCGAGUACAAAGUGGCUGCAAUGAAGAAGUCCAGGUUUAUCAUCCUUCACUACAGCACCUUUAAAUCUAUCUGGGAUUGGUUGGUGUUGGUGGCUACAUUGUAUAUUGCCAUAGUUGUACCGUAUAACGUAGCAGUUGGUCCGGAAAAGCACACAGUUACAACGGUACUAGACAUCAUGGUAGAAGUACUCUUUCUAACCGAUAUUGGUAUUAAUUUCACAACGACAUUUGUCAGCAAGACAGGUGUGGUAGUCUAUGAGAGAAGAGCGAUAGCCAUUCAUUACGCUAAGACGUGGUUCUUCAUAGACAUAUUGGCGGCUGUGCCCUUCGACUUCAUUGUUACAGUUUCAAAUAUAAACACGGUUUCUACAAUUCAACUUCUAAAACUAGCGAGGUUGCUACGGUUGCUGCGCCUUUUACAGAAGAUUGAGCGAUAUUCACAGUACAGUGCCAUUACAUUAACAUUCCUGAUGCUUGCUUUCGCCUUAUUGGCUCAUUGGUUGGGCUGCGUCUGGUACGGGAUUGGUAUGACAGAGAGGGAGAAUCCGAACACUUGGAAUUUAGGAUGGAUAAAUAACCUCGGGGAAGAUCUACACAGACCGCUCGAGAAGAACAACUCGAGGAGUGGUCCAAGAAAUGAGAGUAAAUACAUCACGUCGUUAUACUUCACACUAAGCAGCCUUACAAGUGUCGGAUUUGGAAACGUCUCCGCAAACACAGACGUCGAGAAAAUCUUCACUAUCAUUGUUAUGCUCAUAGGUGCCCUUUGUCAUGCGGCAGUUUUUGGCAACGUGACGGCCAUUGUACAGAGAAUGUACUCCAGAAGAGCACUGUAUCACCUCAAGCUCAGAGACCUCAAAGAUUUUGUAACGUCACACCACAUACCUGCUAAUCUCAAGACGAGGAUGAAUGAGUACUUCAAUACAUCUUGGUCAAACAAUAUGGGCAUUGAUACAAUGGAGAUGUUACAUAGAUUUCCUGAGGAGUUACGAGCAGAUGUCACAAUGCAUCUACACAAAGAGUUCUUACAAUUGCCAAUAUUUGGCGAAGCUAGCCAAGGAUGCCUCAGGUCAUUGUCUCUUAGAGUCAAGACGGGCUUCUGCGCACCAGGGGAAUACAUCUUACAUCAGGGAGACUCCUUAAUAUCUUUAUAUUUCCUUCUUAAUGGCUCUAUGGAGAUAUUGAGACAAGGCAUGGUUGUAGCUAUUUUAGGUAAAGGGGAUUUGUUUGGGUGUGAUCUUUAUGACACUGAGACCUGCAUACAAAGCAGCGGGGAUGUCCAUGCCUUGACGUACUGUGAUUUGAUGCUAGUGUCAAGGCAUGAACUUCAAGAAGUGCUGCAUAAUUAUCCAGAGUACAUGUCAAAGUUCAAAGAUGAGAUUUCAAGGGAUCUUACAUUUAAUUUGAGAGAAGGUGCUGAUCAAGAUCCAGAUCCUUUUGCUGCAGGUUUCGAGAGUAACCGGCCGUCUCGCCUGACAUCCAUCUCAGAGUUGCAAGACGAAGAGGAAGACGAGGCUGCAGCUGCGGAGAAAGCCAAAGACGUUGAGAAUAGGAGUGUAGGGACAGAGACUAUUGAGAUGAUGGCACUUGAUAGGAGUAAACAUAUGCUGUUGGAUGUCAGUAGCUCUGUUGGGAGUGGUGUACCACCCGACCUCAGCCCAAGGAUUGUAGAUGGUGUUGAAGACAGCUCUAACCAAUACAAGGCAAACCGGUUCGACUUCCCCGGCCCUUGCCACCAACAAGCCUCCAGGCAUCACAGUCUCACCUCGGCACCGAGACAAAGAUUAAUCAAUCAUUACAACUCAGGAAUGAGGCAGAGUUUCACAUCACCUCAGUUAGCACGCGGUAUCAAUUUUUCCAGGUCUAGAUCAGUGUCUUCGGAGUCAAUAUGCACGGAUGAUCUUAAACAUGAAAUAGAAUACACUAGAAAUAGUGUAGAGAGGCUGGACAGACAGGUAUCUAAUCUUAGCAAGGAUGUAUCCAGCCUCAGUCAAGAUCUCAAAGCGGUGGUGCGGCUCCUGCAAGUGAUUUCACCUGCAAACACUGUCUCCCCAAACCCCAGCGGGGUCAAUGGGCCAAACUCCAGCCCAACACUCAGCCACACAGGGCGGCUCUCACCUAGACUACCUGCCCCCAAAACGGCCCCAAAGGAGACCCGUUUUGAAGACAUUGUCCAUGUCCAACGUAGAGAUGGCGUUCUUGAGACUAGUCUUGGUAGUGGGAUACUUGAGACAAGCUUAAGCGGUGGCCUUCCAAGUACUAUUCAAUGUGAGGAGAAGCUCCCUUCUUGCUCUUCAUCGUUACAGUCUCUAACAGGAGCGACAUUAAAGCACGAAGGCCCAAUGCGGGAAACGAACAUUAUCUUAUUCCAGGACACGGAGCCAACGGAUCAAGUUCAAGACACCAAACGAGACUUGUUCGACUUCGACUCCGAGGGAGGUACAGAUUUGUGACGAAGGAAGGAGACUGUGAUAUAACUUCCAAAGUGUAUAAUCUUUUUAAAGAAUUCGGGUUUAAAACCCAGAGCACUACCAAAAUAUCCAAAGCAUUUAUACUUGCCUUUGAAAUACUAAAAAUCGAAAUUGUGAGGUUGAAUAAAUAUUCAUAGUAUACCCAAACGGAUGGUGAUGUGACACGCACUGCAACAACAAAUAGCAAGCACUUUAGUUUAGGAAUUGUAUACCCCAUUUUCACACUACAGUUGUGUCUUACUUAUUUGAAUCCGUGUACUUUCAUUGGCCCCUUAAAUUAUUCACGCGUCCACGCUUCAGAAACAUUUAGACUGCUUUUAUACGCCCUUUCAUGCUUCUUGCCCGCCCCGUCCCCUCUUCCCCCCUGUUCGCCCCUUUCCUGAACUGUCGAGUUCCCUCUCCACUAUGUUACCCACCCUUGCGUAUACAGUGAGAUUGAAAAAUAUGAGAUAUUGAAAAACAUGAACGCUAGAAACAUAAAUCAAAUGGAUCAUAGACAUUUGGUAAUUAAAAAAAUUUAAAAAGUUACUUCCGUAAUUGAUUAUUCCCAUCGUUUUGAUUGAUUGUUAUAAUCAAUAUUAAAACAAUAUUGAUAUUUCCACGCCUUCCUCUACACAAUGACAUCUUUCAAAAUGUCAUUGUUCUGUACAGCCCUCUUGAAACUUCAGAUCGUCUUCAGAGCAUUUCUUCAAAUUGUUGGUGUGUUCUUUUCACAUUCACUGUUUAUUGAGUGCUAUCAUUUCUUGUUUGACAACAAUCUUGUUGACACAUGCUGGUCGUGUUCGACGUAAAGAUACUGGACUUCAACUAACCAAAAUGUUUUUUUUUAAACCCCAUACAAUCUCCUUCAGGACGUUUUUUCCCAAUGUUUUUCACAUUCUAAUCACUAAGGUGUUGGGGUGUUUGAUUAUUUAUGAUGUGUUAUUUAUUUUUGUAAAAAAAAUAUUAUUUCUUUUCAAGGCUUGACUACAAUAUUCUACUUUAAUUGGCUUCGCCAAGGGAUAACCCUUACUUCGUAUAACUUUUUAAAUUCCUACUGAAUUUCAAACUAAAAGAAAUUUGUAUAGCUCCAUCCCUGCAACCACCAUUGUGUUACUUUUAAGAAUAUGGCCCUUUUCGACUCCUCGGCUUCGGCUACAGAUUCGGCCGAUGCAGGCCCGCGGUUGAUUUGACAAUAUUGCGCGUGUUGUGUGUGGGCGCUCACAUGGCUUCAAACGAGAGGCAAGAGUCUGAAGCCGAAUCCAAAGCCGAAGCCACGAUUUCGAAAAGGGCCCCUGUUACUAUCAAAUCUUCUUUUCCAUUUAAUCACUAUGUACUGAUGAGAAUCUCACACGUGCUUAGAAUCUUUCAAAUUGAAAUCUUUUUGUAUCAGAUUUGUCUUAUUUAUUAAUGACUAUCUGUGUAUUCAUUAUAAUUAAAAACAUAUAGAGGCAUGAUUUUAAAUACCCCGUGAAUGAACCGUUGCAAAAAUAAGUUUUUUCAUUGACAUUCUGGAGAUAAGGGAAAGACUUUUGACAAGCGGUGUCUUGGAAUAAUGAACACUUUUGUUUGUUCGAGGGUUACUUUUUCUCUCUUGUCGACAUUAGUGUCAUUCUUUCGUUUUCCUUCUCCAUAAUGAUUCGCUUCGAAAUAUGGUACAUUAAUAACAACUUCACUCGAUCAGGGUGGCCAAAACGCAACAAUAAAUUCAUUUGUAUAAAUUUUUAUGGGCGUAGCAGUUUGUAACUUGAUGAGCUAUUGUUUGAAACUGUUUUUUUUUUACCUUUUCACAUUUUUCUAUUCUGCCUUUCCAUUUUUAAGGUAAAAUUGGCCAUAAACAUGCAUCAGAUAUUUGUGUUUGCUUUGCGUUUAAGGAUUUUUGAGAGAAAAAAAAGGGAUUUGGUAAACAUAAAAAUAGACUCCCUUAUCUAUUUAAAACUGUACCCGGGUAGUAAGGUCAAUUUUAAGAAUUUUUCAAAAUAGAUAAUUUAACGGACUGCUGUUCACAGAGCGACGAAUCAACAGCUUUGUAUUUGUCUGUGUUUUGCAUAAUUAUUGAUGAUGUAACUCACUCUGUAAAAUGUAUCAAAGGUUGAACAUUCCAAAACUCAGUGUGUGCUGUAUAUUUACCUUAAUUAUAAGGGGCUGCGAAUGCAAAUAUUUCAUUAAGAAAACGCAGUUACUUAUGGGGUUAUUUAAUAAUCUGAUCAAAUUAUUGUAUAAUUAGUAUAAUGUUAGUGCGUCAUAGCAGUUCUUUACUAAAAGUUAAGCGAUUUCUUCUUCGAUUCCAAAAUUUGAUUUCUCAACAAAUAAAAUCUUCGAGCGGCCAUACUCGGCUUGUCGUGAAGUCUAUUUUUGCGGGAUUGCACUUUUUUUGGAUUCCCUAUAAGACGCAUUUGUUUGGCGCGAUGCAGACGAAGCCGUAACCGAUUGCUCGUGUUCUAAAUAGACUGGUGCCUUUCAAAUCGUACCUUUUUUUCAUGCAGUAUCGGAACUUUUGCACCAAAAAUAGUAUGGAAACUAUAGUACCAGUUCAUUUGGGAAAUUUCAUUCUGUAUAAUGUUAACUGUCUUACCUAAAAGUCAAAUUAUUCUUAUUAUAGGACACUCACUUUGUAUAAAUAUUGCAAACGCGGAUCGUUUUUGCUAAAAAUGGGGUAAUUUAAUAUUCAAAUCGAAGUAGUUGUAGGUUUUGAAAGUAACUGUUGUAUGCAUGAAAUGGCCAAAUCAGGAUCAAUCUACAUGGACCCAAUUCACAUGACGACAUCACACAUGAAUCGUGUUUGCGCCAUUUUUGUAAUCCUGGGAAUAAUGGUUUAAUGUCGACAUUUCACACAAUCAUACAAUAAAUCAUUAUAACAUUCAUAACGAAAAAAAAAUUGUUUUAAAGUUCACAGAAUUACAAAUAACUUACAGGGUUUACAGAAGGUAAUGG